AUGAACACCAAAGCUUUAGAGUACCCUUUAACUCAGGAAAAAACUAUUUAUAGGUGGCCUUUCUGCCGAAUUAAAAGAGCAAGAUAUUAAAGCCUACUUUGGCCGCUUCGGCCGAGUAGAAAAAUGUUCAUUAAUUCUUGAUAAAAAUACGGGCCGAUCCCGUUGUUUUGGUUUUGUAACUAUGGCAAACCCAAGUUCAGUCCAAGUGAUUUUGCAUAGAAAGCAUUUAAUUUUAGGUAAAGAGGUUGAGUGCAAACCUGCUGUCCCAAAGGAAAAAAAUGAAAAAGUGAAUAGGAGUAGAAAAAUUUUCGUAGGAGGUUUACUUCCAGAAGUAACAAAUGAUGAAUUUUAUGAGUAUUUCGAACAAUUUGGAGAUAUUGAAGAUAGUGUAGUUAUGAAAGAUAGAGUCACUGGGAAGCCCAGAGGUUUUGGAUUUAUUACUUUUACAAAGCAAGAUUCUGUUGAAAAAGUUAUGAGAAAUUAUUCAAAUAAUUUUAUUAGAGAGAGAUGGGUUGAAUGCAAAAGAGCAACCCCUAAGGAAGAAAUGAACAAUUCUUUGCCAGCUAUCGAGAGCAAUUUAAGCUCGCCAGAAUUGCCUGAAGGAGAACUUAAAAGGUCGUGGUCAGAUAGAAAUAGCUGUGAUACGGAAGAAUUGUGUAGGAACCUGAUUGACUAUGUGCUUUCAGACGAUGAUAAAGAAUAA